AUGUUCUCGGUCCUUCGCAUCUCCGCUAUCUUUGGGCUCAUCGUGGCUCUUCUCGUCACUGCGACUCCGGCGCCUCAAAGCUCCGAGCUCGAGCAGCGUGACGAGAGCUCUCUUGAGAAGCGUUUCCCAGGACCAUUCCCGUACUGCUGGCAGAUUGAUCCGUACCCUCAGCCCGGCCGCAAGUGGUGUGGGUAUAGGUGGGGGAACAUUCCGUGGUGGGCAGUGCCGUGGGACGUAAUUCCGUACGAAUACGUCCCAUUUGGUGGUAUCAAAUGGUACGGGGCACGCAACCCCUGGUGCCCCAACAACCCGAGCCGUAUCUGUGGACCCCCUGGCGGGCCGCGCCCCGCGCCCACGCCGGCUCCUGCGCCUCCCCCUCUGCCGCCCUUCCCUUUCGGGCCUCUCUUCAACCUUUUCGGACCCGGUCCGACGACGACGGUUUUCGUUACAGUCACUGGCACGGCCACUAGCACGGUCACCAGCGUGCUCCCGCAGAGGACUUUCCCUCCCGGAUUAAUCCCUGGUGCCGCACCGCCCGUGUAA